AUGUCUAAACGAGGUUAUAAACGAUGGAGACAAGCAGAAGAAGAAGAUGCAGCCCAAGUUUUCAAGGAAUUUAUAGAAACUUUUCAAAGUUCUGCUUCAGUUGCAAAUCAAGUAUUUGUCAAAUCCGGUGUUCUGUAUUCUGAUAAAGAAGAAAAAGGUGAGGGAACUACAGGGCAAAUUUAUAAACCAACCCCUUUAAUUCAAACCCAAGAUGUCGAAACAAAUACAGCAAUUGAAUGUGCUAGAAUUCUCAAAGAGGUUGUACCUACAAAAAAUAAAAAACAAGAAAAGCCGAAGUCAAAUUUGGAGGACUUAAAAGAAGAGUUGAUGUUAAAACAUUUAGCCAGAGAUCGAUUAAAAGUAGUUGUUAAUCAAGAUGAAACUUAUAAACCAAUAGAAAAUGAAGAACAAAUUUCAACCAACUUGUUUUUACCGGACGUGCAUCCCAAAAUAACAGAUUACGAUCUCAUGAUGGAAUUUGGAGCCUAUGGACCCUUAGCAAGUGUUAAAAUAUACGUUGAAAGAGACGGCAAUAAACCGAACCAAAAACGGGGAUUUGUGGCCUUCAUGAGCAGAAAGGAUGCCGAACGAGCAUUAGAAGCAAAUAAAGAUCGACGAGACUUAUCAGUUCGCUGGGGUAAACCUGUAGAGCUUCCCACCCAUCCUAUUUAUAUACCAGAAUCUUUAUUAAAGUUGUAUCAACCUCCACUAUCAUCUGGAUUGCCGUUUAAUGCCCAACCACCAGCUGGUUUUAUAAAACCUAUCAGUGAGAUGAGUAAAGAAGAGUUCGAUACACUAUUAUAUAAUUCUUAUGUCAAAGUAACAUACCCAAUGAAUAAAAAAGAGCUUAUGCUGAUUCAUAGAAUGGUAGAAUUUAUAGUAAGAGAAGGUCCAGAGUUUGAAGCUAUGGUUAUGAAUAAAGAAAUCAACAAUCCAGCCUACAAUUUCCUCUUUGAUAACUAUUCUUCAGCUCAUCUGUACUAUCGUUGGAAAGUUUACUCAAUAUUACAUGGAGAUUCUCCCACUAAUUGGCCAACAAAGAAGUUUAGAAUGUUUAAGGGUGGUUCUAUUUGGUGUCCUCCCAUAAUUCCCUCAUACAGUGAUGGCAUGCCAGAUCAAUUGACUAAGAAAACAACAGAGCAGGAGUUAGUGGAGGAUCAGUGCAACAAAUUAAUCAAACUUAUUCAAAAGUUAUCUCCGAGAAAAAUAAAAUAG